AUGUCGGAACCGAAAGUUAGGAGGCAAAACCACUCUUGCGACCAUUGCAGAAAGUCCAAGAAGGCGUGCGAUGGGUAUAUUCGCAAUGAGAAACCGGCAGUUUCACCUGAUGCAACGUCACCCGCUUCUGGCUCGCAAAUCUAUGGAGGAUCGGAACCAGGGCUCAAGUCCUGCUCGUACUGUAUCAGAACCAAGAAAGUAUGCAGUCUGAACCCACAGUGGGGAAAGACUCGAUCAAGGUCUCGAGUUAGCGAGACAGGGUCAAGCAUCACCAGCACCUCCAACGACAGCUCUCAGAGCAAGAGAAAGCGUAAUGAGUCUCCCGCCACGACAACCGCCCCUUCACUCAACGCAAAGUAUUGCGACAUCACCGCGGCGAAUAUGCUGCAGAUGCUUCAGAACUCUACACCAGGACAAGGUCUAUCCUGGAACAAUCCCUUCGUCAGCACAGAUAUCCCUUCCUUUCUGUCCAUGGGCCCAACCCUCGAUGCUCAAAGCCUUGCGAUGAGCUUCUCAAGCCCAGAGAGUGCUUCCCAUACAGUGGCGCAGGACACUAUCGAUGAAGCACUGCCAGAACUUAUAAAGCAGACCUCACAUGCAGCAACUGACGCCCUGGACAACUCGACAUCCUAUUCAGGCUCACAAGACUUUGACAUUAAUAAUCUCUGGGACUUGGACUUCUCGGACAUCAACUCCGCGCCUCUCGACACGCUUUCAUCAACGGAAUCUCCAACCAACGGACACAACGCCGUUCAAGUGAAACGCAGAGCCCGUCUGCCAUCUAACGACUUGUCCGGAUAUCCCAACUUCUCACCAUCGCCAUUCACUAGCGACUCUCUCAUCAUGCAGAGCUCCAAUCGGUAUAUGAUCACCGAGAGUCUUCUUCAGAUAUAUCACGACGUCCUUGAGAAUAACCUAGCAUGUUGGCUAGCUGAAGAGAAUUGCCCUUACAAGUUGCAAGUUGUCGCUCGCGCUAGUCCAGCGCCUGAACCCAGCUUGGGUGCAACUCCAGGGCCCUCCCGACAGAAUCCAAACCUCCCGCCAGAAUGGGGCGCGGCAUGGUCGAACAGGAUGUAUCGUCGCGUUAUGGAACUAGAUCGCGCUGCACAGUCCGCAAGGUUGAUCAACCUCACACGUUCUGAGAAUCAAGCAGCAUCUCGAGUAUUGGACCUUGUCAUUAUGGCUUUUACGACACAAUGGGCCCAAGGUAACCGUCGACAAGAAAGGUUCUCCAUGGGGGCAAGCGACUUUGCGACUGAAGCAGACGACUUGGCUGAUGCCCUAAAUCAAGAGUUUGAGGAGAGUUUACAACAAUCGGUAUGGGAGCAAGCAAAACGAGCACUGCAGGACGUUGUUGAUGUCGAAUCUUACCGUGUCAUCUACGCUGAACUCAUUUUUGGUCUGACGCAAAAGCCAUGGGCUAGCGAUGAGUACCAACAGAAGUCCUUUGGAUCCAAGAAAGAAAAGGGUGGCAGAGGCAUUAAAGAGAACGCGAUGCCAGAGAUUAUUGAGAUCAUGUCGCAAGAAGGACCUCAUAUUUACCUAGAGCGGGCAACGAGGAAGAUUCACGCGCUCAAAUUCAGGUUUGAAGCUAGUGAAUCUGGUUUCAUGGAGACAAGCAAAAAACACUCCCCUCGGCGAUUGACUGAAGAGAAUAGACGGACCAUCGGAUUGCUCUACUGGCUUGCUGUCAUGUUUGAUACAGUCUCUUCAUCUAUGAAUGAACGGCCAGUGGCACUGGCUGAUGAAGAUUGCCAACAUGAAGACGCUGACCAAAUCCUAGCCGACAGCAUGAGGGCAGCCCAGAAGAGCCGAAGAGGAAGUCAAAGAUGGGAGAUGGAGCUAUUUAUCCAAGAUGAUGCGACGAAACCAACAGUCGGGACAAGAUGGCCCUGCUCGUAUGACGACGCGAUGCAAAUGGUUGCCAAGUCAGCACCCGUCAAGAUCCUUAUCUAUCGACACUUGUCAUAUCUGCAGAAUGCUCUGCGAAAACGAGAGUGUCCCCAAGCAAUCGAGGAGAUCAUCCAACAAACGACCCUCCUAUACCGGUACUGGAACAUGACGCACGGUGCCUUCUUCCGAGAUCUCAUUAGACAUUACGAUACUGUCCCACCACGAAUUAGAAGCUGGUUCUUCUGUAUCGCAGUACCAUGGCAUCUCGGUGCCCUAAUGCUCGCAGACGUCCUCGAGUUCAUCGACAAAAACGGUUACGGCCUCGACCAAGCCCGCCAAAAGCGACUCAGCAGUAACGUUGCAGCACGAAUCCGCAAAGCCAGCGCCAUAGAACUCGCCGACCUCGCACAAGUAACAACAUCGCGCCUUUUCCAAGAAGCUGGUAUAAACGCCGCUCAACUCCCAGACUACCACUUCGCAGUCAGCGAAGGACCACUAUUGACGGAACCUUGGACUGUUAUCCUCAUUAGGGGAUUUACGAAAGCAUGUUUGUUUCAUUUGGAUAUGGCGGAUGACUUUCAGCAGCACGAGGGGGAUUUACUGGGGCAUGAUAGUGAGGAUUUUCAGGAUAGUUUGAGGAGGGCGGAGUAUUGUAUUAGAGCGCUUUGGUGUCUGGGGAAGAAAUCGGAGAUGUCGAGGAAUAUCACUAAGGUGUUGGUUGGGGCGCUGCAAGAGCUGCAGAUAUGAUUAUUCAUGUAUUG